UUCUCACUGGCUGGGCACGGGGCGCUGAUGUUCGCUUGUUUGUUCCAGUCCGUAUUUCUCCUCUGGUCCGUCGCGGGCGCCGGUGGGGAGAUGGUAGUGGACAAGGCGGGCUCCGGCCCCUCGAAGCCCGCAGGUGACAGGUGCCCCCGGCAGCGGGAGAAGAAGAACAAGGAGCAGGCCUGCGACGGAUUCACUAUUAGAGCCAUGAUGAAAAACAGCGUGGUAAGAGGGCCCCCACUUGCAGGAUCACAAAAAGAAAGACCAGCAAAGCCCACGGCAUUUCGCAAGUUUUAUGACAGAGGAGACUUUCCAAUUGCCGUUGAACAUGAUACGAUAGCAAACAAAAUCGCCUGGAAGGUAGAGAUUGAAAAUCUGGACUAUCAUUACUUUCUGCCUUUGUUCUUUGAUGGGCUUUGUGAAACGAAAUUUCCAUAUGAGUUUUUUGCUCGUCAAGGAAUCCAUGACAUGCUGGAACAUGGUGGAAACAAGAUCCUUCCUGUCGUUCCUCAGCUCAUUAUCCCAAUAAAAAAUGCACUGAACCUUCGUAACCGACGCGUCCUCAUCAGCACACUGAAAAUCCUCCAGCACCUGGUGGCAUCAGCUGACAUGGUGGGGGAGGCCUUGGUGCCUUAUUAUCGGCAAAUUCUCCCAGUCCUAAACAUCUUUAAGCAUUUGAAUGUUAAUUUAGGCGAUGGAAUAGAAUACAGCCAGCAGAAGCGUGAAAAUAUUGGAGUUCUCAUUCAAGAGACACUGGAAGCCUUUGAACGCUACGGUGGAGAAAAUGCUUAUAUAAACAUUAAAUACAUGGUUCCUACUUAUUGGUCGUGCCGUUAAACUGAAUUAUAUUAAACGGGAUGAUUCCAUCUGUGUACUAAAAAAACUGUAUCUGACUCUGUAUGGCAUCUUGUUAGUCAUGCUUUAUUUUCUCUACAGCUGCUAAAAUAGUGGCUUCUGGGGCAUUAGAGUGUUAGCACUAUUGUGAACAAGGCUUUCCAAUACAUAAAUAGUGUCUGUUCCUUUGAUUACAAUGGUGUACUGUGCUUGUUUGUACCCUGAAAGAAUCACUCCUUUAUAACAGAGCUGACUCGAGCAGGAAUCUGAGUUAAACCUUCACUUGUAUAGACAAUAAAACUAUAAUUUUCAU